AUGUUGAUAGGAGUGUCGGGGACGCUAAGUUCCGGGAAGACAGAAGUCACAAGGUAUUUAACCUUUCAGGGAUUUAAAUUGAUCGAAUUGGACGACAAUGAGGAAGAAUUUCUCAAUGGUUCCGAAAUAACAUUGAGCGAAGAGAAAGAAUUUGAGGUCGAGAAGAACGGUAACUUAAGCAAAACUCCAGUUGAUGAAGCAUCGAAAGGAUCUAUUCAGGCUUGUUCUAUGGAUCCAUUUAAAAGGUUCGUUGAUCUUCAAGAGAUGUUAGAAUUCGUCACGUCACGGUGGAGAGAAGACUUUGUGAUAUCACAUAUAAGCGAUAUACAAAUGCUACACCAGCUUCAGAAACGGCCAUUCUUUCUUCACAUUUCCAUAGAUGCGCCAAUACAGUUAAGGUAUGGACGUUACUUAUUGAGACAAGGUUCAAAUGCGGGAACUAACCUAGAAGAUUUCAUUAGCAAGAAUGAUGAACUAUUGUUUGCUUCUUCCAAUCCCCUAAUCGAAAUUAACAAUCAAGCACAGAUAAAGAUAAUUAAUACUUCUUCCUCCAUAAAGAAUCUUUAUAUCAAGUUGAGCGAAUUAAAGUUACGAGAUCAAUCUAGGUUACGACCGACAUGGGAUUCCUAUUUCAUGAGGUUGGCAGAUCUUGCAGCAUUGAGAUCCAAUUGCAUGAAAAGAAGAGUAGGUUGCGUAAUAGCGAGAGAAAAUAGAGUUAUUGCUACGGGAUAUAAUGGAACUCCUAGACAUUUAACGAAUUGUAAUGAGGGAGGUUGCGAGAGGUGCAAUAAGGGACAAGGUAGCGGUGCGGGUCUAUCAACAUGCUUGUGUUUGCACGCCGAAGAAAACGCAUUGUUGGAAGCUGGAAGAGACCGCAUUAGAGGAGACAGUGUUUUGUACUGUAACACAUGUCCGUGCUUGACCUGUUCAAUUAAAAUAGUGCAAAGUGGAAUUAAAGAAGUUGUAUAUGCUCAAAGUUACUCGAUGGAUACGUUGAGUCAUAACGUAAUGAGUGAAGCAGGAAUAAUAUUAAGACAAUUCCUGCCACCUACAGAAGGCAUUUUUAUAUAA